AUGAACCCAUUUCAACGUCAGUCCACUUCGAUCUGACUUGGGCUUCGACGCGGGAGCCGGGCACAACCUGACGUGCUGUGUGCCUCACUGCCUGCUCCGCUUGGCCGCAGUCGCGCUCGACACGCUCGAGGUAAGUUCACCAUCGUGUUCGAUUCACAACGCGCUUCCGCCGCAGAGUGUGGCUGAAAUCGCAAUCUUUGAUCAUCAUCUUCUAGAAUAAUGCGUUUCCGACCGCACCACCCGGCUUCACCGUACGACUGGCGGUCUUGUUGUCCUUUCAGGGUUUGUACGUCGGGCCGUCGGUCAAUCGGUCAAGGAUUCAUUCCACUUGCCCUACCUCCAACGCGUCGGUCGUCCCGCCUCGGCCGCGGUGAUUGGUUCCGUCAAAACAACUCAGCUCUGACGCGUAAAAGGGAUUUUUUCUCCUCCGUGCCUUUACAGAGUCGUAAUCUGCGAUCUCGUCUACCUUUGGCUCCUUCACCAUAUUCAACGGACUGGGUCGAGCCGCGGCGUUGACAGUGCAGGCCCGGGUGUGUGGUGGGUAGCGCGCUGGGUGAGUAACCAACUCUCCCAACAUUCAAAGGCGAAUGCGACCGACGCGCCCAAUGACUGAACCUGAGAUCCACUGCUGCGUACUCCUCUUUUGCUCUAGGUCGAUCGCCCGAAAGGCCGGAUCAUGGUCGUCAAUCAGCGCGUCAUGUCUACGAUCUUUUCGGUGCUCGCGCAAGUCGUUUGGAUUGCAUUCAACAUCACCAACCUGAAGAUUUUCACCGGUGGGACCCAUUCUUUGAGCCAAUCUAUCGUUUGGCGCGGCAUCUCAGUCCUCUCACUGCUCGGUUGGUUCUGGGUCCUCACGUGGGGCAACAUCACCAGUUAUAUCAUCGCCGCCGACCCCAAGAUCGAUUCGAGGAUCAUCAACGCCGUACUGAUUGGGCUUGGAGGGGGUCAACUUGCCGCUUCGAUCAUUACAGCAGCAUUCCUGAUUGUUCGCGGCAACGCUUUCAACCGAGUCUUACGAUCGCUACAGUCCGAUUUGCGCAGUAAAGCUGCCGCCUAUCCGAACGUACCGGCGGGUGCUCUUGCGGAGGUCUUCACCAAGGUCUCAAUCGUCAAGUCGACAGUGACGUCCUACUACUACAUGUUCUACAUAUUGGGAAUUAUUACCGCGGUGGUUGUAUCACUUGCACUUGUCUUUGUGAGUGGUCCUGAGCCGAAGACUCUAAAAUGGCCCUUUGGAUCUCGAACCUUGCCGACGAAGCGAAUUAUAUUGUCUACUCCUGUGACAGAAUUUUGGAGGGCUUAUGCUCGCGCGCAAGAUCGAGCGCCAAAUCGUUUUCAACGAAAAUAAUCACACGUCAUACAUCUCAGCACGGCAAGCCUCCGUGCAACCUCAUCAGGGGUCGACUAUCUCGGACCCGGGUCGCGGAGGUGGGGCGGGAUCCCAGACAGCUCAUGACCUCAUCCAUAGCAACGAAGCGAAUCCCAGCAGUAAAGAGCGGGAUGCACUCGCUGGCUUUCGAAGAGCGAAAAAUGAUAUCCUCACCGUGAGUGCCACAUUACGCUCGGUUUCUGCGGCGCAACUCCUAUCUGAAACUGAGGGAUCCAUUCUGCGGGGGCGCGUUAGAUGUUCGGAAUGGUGCUUUGCUUCGCUAUCAUCGUCAUGGCACCAUUGCUAUUCAAUCUGAUCAUGUACCGUACGACCAACUUCGCCGACGUGUCGUGGGCCAAGACGGAGGUGCUGUUCACCUGCGCGCCAUGGGUCGUUACUGCCGUCAUGCUCGUGGCGCAGGUUGCGCUCAUCUGGAUUGCCGUCGACUUCCACAGUCAGGGGGGUCGAGCAAUGGUGCACUCGAACGUCGCCGGCUCAAGCGCGACAGAUCCGAUCGAUGUGGUGAUGUUGGAACGCGGAGCUAGGAAUACGCUUGAGUUCAAUCCGCGUGCAAAUUCUACUGGAGCGAGGCGCGCGACACGUGAGGACCCAAGGUCGCAGACGGGCUCCGGCGCAAUUCACGGCAGCAAGAUUUUUGUCGAUGUCGACGUCGAGGUCGACAGGUCAGGCGAUAGCGAAGAAGACCUUCGGGACAUGGCCUAGCUGGAAACGUACAAAACAAGGACCAGGUACUAAACCCUUCUCUACAGCCUCGUGCACCUUAGAUACCCGCCUUAUUUUCAUAUCAGAUCGAGGACACGGCGUUGACGGCGUUGACCAUGGCGAAAUGCGCCGGGACAUCAACGUUCAACAGCCCUCCGCAUACCCGGGCCUUCGCUCGGCUUAAAUGAUUCCUACUGCGCAUAUACGAAUUGUUGAAAACUUUGUAAAACUUAGCUGUCAGCCCGAAAUAUGAUUUUUUUUUUUUAAUUAUUAUUACUGGGGCUCAUAAAUUGCAAUUCUUCGGGUUGGCUGGGACCGCUAGAAAAAGAGCUAAAAGAGGUUAUAAAGCAACGACGGCAAGCAAUUGGGUGAAAGUCAAACCCCUGCGCGCAAAGAGCGCUGCGCAGAUCAAAACCCGCCGAGCACCUAACGCGGACUCCAACGGGCGGUGA